GUUGCCUUAUCCUGACGCUUCCUUUACAGUUGUGGCGGAGACUUUUCGCUGGCUUCUAACGACUCUCGUCAUUACACGCUCCGCAGGCGGACAAUCGUUGGUACAAGGGAGUCAAAAUGUCGGGACGAAGAGGAGGCAAUCGCAUUCGCGGCCCGCAAAGCGCCUUGACAGACUUUCUCGCGGCCAACAAUAUCUCCGCCGCCCAAAUUCGAGACGAGUACGAGCGACGCCUACGAGAAGCAGGUCAAGACGAGAAUGCCGGCGAGGGUGCAUCGAAUGCUACGCCGCAGCAGGCCACCGCCACCCCUUCUGCUGUAGACACGGCGGAGGAGGUGGCGGAAGAGGAGGAGGAGAAGACGAAGAAGCGCAAACGUUCACAGAAAGAGGCCAUAGAUAAGAUCAAGAAGGCAAAGGCGUCCAAGAAGCCGAAGAAGAAGGGCAAGGGCGGCGGCUCGGACGACGACGACGAUGACUACGACGAUGACUUCGCCACCGACAUGUACAAGAAGGCGAAACCAAUGCCCGGCCAAUUCGAGCACUGCGAGAUCUGCAGCAAGCGCUUUACUGUCACUCCGUACAGCAAAGAAGGCCCUGAAGGUGGACUCCUAUGCACGCCGUGCGGGAAGGAACUCGCGAAAGAGCAGAAGCAGGAGAAGAAGGCAGCUAGCAAGCCGGCAGGACGGAGGCGGCGAAAGCUUGAAAGUGACAGACUGGACGGCAUUGCGAGCGGCGGGGCAAAAUCUCUCAUGCAGUUGUGCAUCGAAAAAGUGGCCAAGCACCACGAAGAUGUUGAAGAGCUAGGCGAUAUUCCUCCCACGGUGCUCGAGAAGCUGAGCGAGAUCUUCUCCAAGAAGCGCGUCAUGAAGUCUAGGACACUUCGGCUGUUUCUUCGUCCAGAUCUCCAGUCCGUCAUCGUGCACGAUGCUGCCUACUUGGAGCUGGAAGACUAUCGUCAGAUGUUCGCCAUUGUGCCAAACAUGCGGCGCCUGGUGCUGGCGAAUGCGUGUCAGAUGAAAGAUGAGGCUGUGGAGUACAUGAUCGAGAGGUGCCACAAACUUCAGCACUUGCAGCUGUACGCUGCCAAUCUCAUUACCAACGACAUGUGGGCAGGACUGUUUCAAGAGAUGGGCCAGGAAUUGGAGGUGGUGAAGCUUAAGUGGCUUGAUGCCUCGUUCGAGGAUCACAGUGUGCGAGAGAUGGUACAAUGCUGUCCCAGGUUGGAACGGGUCAAGUUGAAGCUCUGCCGGAGGAUUGGGGAAGAUGCUGUUGCUGCUCUCGCGGAGCUGCCCAACCUCAAACAUCUGUCAUUGCAGAUCGGUCGUCCGGUCCCGACAGACGUGCUCUGCUCACUGGUUGUGCAACGCGGAGCUGCGUUACGAACUCUCUCCCUGGAGAAAUUCCUCGACGCGGACGACUCCAUCCUCCAGGCCGUACAUGACAACUGCAAUGUCCUGAGCAAAUUCCGCUUCUGCGAAAACGACACCGCCACCGAUGCCGGGUACACCGCUCUUUUUACCAACUGGCGCAACCCAGCCUUGACCUUUGUCGACAUUAAUUCCACCCGAGACGUUGACAAUAACAAUCCCGAAGGCCCCGAAGAAGCCAUUGGAAUCGCAUCACCCGGCUUCCGCGCUCUGAUGGCCCAUUCGGGCUCCGCCAUCAAACAUCUCGACAUCGCCUCGUGCCGCCACAUCGAGCUCUCCGCCUUCAUGGACGUCUUCAACGGUGCGCAGACGUACCCGAUGCUGGAACACAUCAACGUCAGCUUCUGCAAUCGCGUGGACACGAGUGUUGUGGUGGGCAUCUUCAAGAGCUGCCCUGCCCUCAAGAAGCUCGUUGCUUUUGGGUGCUUUGACGUCCAGGAUGUCGUUGUGCCGAGGGAUUGCGUUGUUAUUGGGAUCCCCCGGGCCGCGGAUGCCAUCGAGCAGUUUGGGGUGGGGAUUGGAGUGGACGAAGCAAUCGGUAGAAUGGUCGAAGUGGGUGCUUGAGAAAUCAAGCGGUCACUACGAGAUAUGAACAUGAUGGGAUGACGUGGAGCAGCUACCAAACGGACAAUACAGACCUCGAGAAGACGACGCAACUGGGGUGUUGUGUUCCAUCAAGGUCACUUCCCACUGCAUACCAUUUCGCACUUCACCU